CAUUUUCAGUAUGGUGUCGCCUUUUGGAUUUCACCAUUUAAGUGUGAACUAUAUAUUUCUCUUUUCAGGUUCUUCCAAUUUGAGAAGUGAGUAGUUCACAAUUCAUCUUCAUCAGAUUCUUGUUGGCAAUCAUUUAAUAUGAUGCCUCCCCCGGAUGUACUUAGCAAUCUUCCCAAGAUUGUAAUAGAUGAAAUUUUAAUGAGGUUGUCUUUACGAGAUGCUGUGAGGACAAGCAUCUUAUCGAAGAAAUGGAGAUAUAACUGGUGCACACUUCCACAGUUAAAACUUGAUCAAACUCUUUGGAAAACUACAAAGGAUUUAACAUGCUUUACAAGUAACUUUACAAAGAUUAUCUACCACAUUUUGACCCUUCAUGAAGGACCAAUUACCCAGUUUACCCUCUCAAUUCCUUAUUUGGAAGGUUGUCCUAAUUUUGACAACUUAAUAUAUUUCCUCUCUAGGAAUGGCAUUCAACAUCUUGUUCUUGAACAUCAAAGUGGUAAUCUAUACAAAUUGCCUUCUUCAUUUUUCACAUGUUCCCAGUUGAGGCAUUUGUCUCUCGAAAAUUGUAUAAUACGUCCUCCACAUGUCUUUAAGGGAUUUGAAAGGUUAAUUAGCUUAAAACUAAGCGGAGUCACAAUUUCUUCUGAAUUGCUUGGGAGUUUAAUCUCCCAUAGCCUGUUUCUUGAGAACUUGGUGCUGGAAAACUCAGAUAUAUCAAACCCCGUGGAAAUUAGUGCUCCCAAGCUGAGAUCUUUUGUCUUCAUUGGUGAUAUACAUUUUAUACGUCUAAAAUAUGUCCCUCUUCUUUCCAAAGUUUCAUAUGAGCCUAGAGCAUUUUCUGUAGAGGCAGAACAUGAUCUCGCCAAGAUUUUUGAGUCUAUUCCUGCUCUCGAGCAUCUCUGCUGGAAUCUCCACGAUGUCAAGGCCGUGGAUGCUGGACCCGUUGAGUUUAUACCAACAAGGCUUCCCUCUUCUUUUAACUGUCUUAAACGCCUUUACGUAUCUUGGGUUUGUCUGGGAGAAUUCUUUGAUCUUUCAUUUGCUCUUUGCUUGAUAAGAAGCUCCCCAUAUUUAGAAGAGAUUGAAAUUGAGGCAUGUGAUACUGUGGGGGGCGAGUAUUACGAACCUGUGCCAUGUGGUGGUGUUGAUGAGAUUCCUGCAAGCUUCUCAGAUAUGACAUUUAAUCUCCUGAGGACAGUUAAGCUUAAAGGUGUAACAGGAAAAGGGUCUGAAAUGCAGCUUAUCAAGGUUUUAUUGGCCAAGUCUCCGGCGCUGCUGAGAAUGGUAAUCGACCCCAGUGUAGAAGAAGAUAAAAAAUCUCUCAAAGUGCUGGCGGAGAUAACAAAAUUUCAGCGGGCAUCAUCUAAAGCAGAAGUUGUGUAUAAUGUAGAUUAGUAUCCAUAUCACAUCCCUACUUGACCUUCACUAGUCAGUUAAUCAGAUCAUGAUGUUUGGCUAAAAUGUUUGGAAGUUUAAUGUGUAAAAUGAAUGUUGAUACAUAGUGAGGCUGUGUUUUGCCUUUGCCUUACAACUUGCUUGGAUGGUUGUGACAUGUUGUAUUGUAUCGGUUGGAUGGUUGUGACAUUGUGUUAUUGUAUUGUAUCGUAUUAUUACUUUAAAUAUAAUGUUUGUUUUGAUUGUUA